CUUCUGGGAGUACGGAGGUCCGACGCGGGAGGUGUCGGCAGCCCUCUCCCUUCUCGCGGCGGCGGCGGCUGGAACCUUGGCCGCCGCCUCCGGCGUGCCCUCGCAGCCUCGCGCAACCCCAGGAUUGCGAACUCGAACCCCUGACCUACGAGGCGGGGCUCCGCGCUCCUGCCCUCGGCCCGGAUGGGUCUCCUGGCUGGGACUCGGGGCACCUGGAGUUAAUGUCCAACUGGAGGUCUGCGGAGACCGGAUCCGAGGUGCCGCCGCCGGACGGGACUCUAAGAUGAAGUUAUGGGAUGUCGUGGCUGUCUGCCUGGUGCUGCUCCACACCGCGUCCGCCUUCCCGCUGCCCGCCGGUAAGAGGCCUCCCGAGGUGCCCGCCGAAGACCGCUCCCUUGGCCGCCGCCGCGCGCCCUUCGCGCUGAGCCGUGACUCAAAUAUGCCAGAGAAUUAUCCUGAUCAGUUUGACGAUGUCAUGGAUUUCAUUCAAGCCACCAUUAGGAGACUGAAAAGGUCACCAGAUAAACAAAUGGCAGUGCUUCCUAGAAGAGAGCGGAAUCGGCAGGCUACAGCUGCCAACCCCGAAACUUCCAGAGGAAAAGGUCGGAGAGGCCAGAGGGGCAAAAAUCGGGGUUGUGUCUUAACUGCAAUACACUUAAAUGUCACUGACUUAGGUUUGGGCUAUGAAACCAAGGAGGAACUGAUUUUUAGGUACUGCAGUGGCUCUUGUGAUGCCGCUGAGACAAUGUAUGACAAAAUACUCAAAAACUUAUCCAAAAGUAAAAGGCUGGUGAGCGACAAGGCAGGUCAGGCAUGUUGCAGACCCAUCGCCUUUGAUGAUGACCUGUCAUUCUUGGACGAUAACCUGGUUUACCAUAUUCUAAGAAAGCAUUCCGCUAAAAGGUGUGGAUGUAUCUGACUCUG